AUUUAAGAAGAAGAGAACACAGCAUUAAGCAACUAUGGAAAAGACACCCUACUCAGUGGAAUGGCUUUCAGAGAGCAGUCUGGGCAAACCAGUAUAUACCAAAACAGAACAUACAUUUGGAUACUCAGGCUUGCAGUUUAACAAGGAUUGCAGGACCUCAUUGUCAUCAAGGCCUGGGAACCUAAGGUCUUCAGCAAACUCAACUGAAAAGGAAAAUGAUGGCUUAAGCAAUGUUCUUAAUGGAAGGAUAUCUGUUGCUGCUCAAAUAAAAACCCGGCCAUCACUACAAGAACCUGAGAUAUCUCGAAAGGUGUUGAGGGAAAUGCAGCCCACUGACCAGGCCACCAACAUGACUGACAGUAGUAAGAAAUCCCCAUCUUUAUCUGAUGAAGAGAAUGUUUCCAGAGCUCGCACCAAGUUCACCCCCGAGCAGUUGAAGGAGCUUGAAAGAAGCUUCAAAGAGAACAUGUACAUUGGAUCAAGUGAGAAAAGGCGAUUGUCCAAGGUGCUGAAGCUCUCAGAAUGCCAGAUUAAAACCUGGUUUCAGAAUCGAAGGAUGAAGCUCAAGCGACAAAGCCAAGAUGCAAGGGUUGACGCUUUCUUUUCAAGCCUUUAUAUGCCUUGCUACAGCUAUACAGGCCAUUCAACAUCUACAUACUCCGUACGGGCAGAAUUUCCUGCUUUGGUUCCUCCCCCAAUGGCUUCAACAGUCCCUCCUUUUGGUUGUAUUUACUCUACUGUUACACCUGGAGUCUGCCAACCAGCCCUGCCUUCUACAUCUCCUGGCUCAAAUCUGUGCUCUUCCAUGCCAGUCCAUUCUUUGCUGAGAGCUCGACAGAGAUACAACCCAUACUGACGUUAGAACAUUGUUUGGGGUACCACUGCUAUAUUUGAAAGAAGUGGGAAUUGCACCCUGGCACUUAUAUACCAAACAAAGCUUUCAUUUGAACAGGGAACUGAAAGUAUGUUAUUUUUUUUAAGACCUUGAUUAAUUCUUUGUUCAAUCAAAUUAUGUACAAAUAAAUAACUGAAGGUGA